GCCUCGCAAGGCAACGGAGGCUGACACGCACGAUAAAACCACCCGCACUGCCGCUGCGUGCGUGCGACCAGAAGAUUCCGGCGGCGGGAGGCGGAGGCGAUGGGGCGGGAGGCGGAGGCGGAGGCGAUGGGGCGGGAGGCGGAGGCGGAGGAGCAGCUGCUGCGCCGGAGCCUGCGCCUCUUCGCCGCCGACGAGCGGUCCUUCCGCCUCGACCGGCGCUCGCCGGAAGCCGCCGCCCUCCGCGCCGCCGUCGCCGACGUGCUCCCCCGCUUCCUCGGCAAGUACACCGACGAGGUCCUCGCGGAAUACAUUGUUGUUCUAGUCUGUAAUGGGAAACAUCAGUAUCAAGCACGUGAUGACUUGGAGGCCUUUCUUGGUGGUGAUAGCGCCAAAUUUGUUUCAUGGCUAUGGGGUCACCUCAGUAAAAAGGCUUUAACAUCGGUUGACAAUUCUAGCAUCAAGCAUGAUCAGACAAAUGAGAUUCAGAAUCAUAAUUGCAAGAAAAAUCUUCAGAUCAGAAAAGUGCUCUCUGAGGACACUCGCAUUGUAAAUUCAGAUAUCUCAUCACCUCAAGAACAUCAUGGCCUUCAGAAGCAUGACUCAAGUGAAGGACAAAAUGUUGCUCGGCGCCGCAUUAGUUCAACGGUUACUAUUACUCCUGAAAGGUUGGUUGACGAGCAAUGUUAUUGGGAGGGCCAGGAUCAGAAGAAAGAUCAGAGAUCAUCAAGUGCCAGAAGUUUCUCCACACUGAAGUCUGGUGUAGCCGCAAGGACUGCACAAGCAUUGGCACGAGAGGAACUCCACCAUGAAGAGUGUUUUGGAAGAAAUGCUUCUGCAAGACGGUUUCCUUUGUCUGUAAAAACUGAUGAUGAACUAGAUAUAGAAUCUAUGAAAAAACGUGGCAAUGUUUGGGAUAGGCUAGGAAAGCCUGCCAUAAAGGAUCAUAUUCAUGCUGCAGAAAGCGAUGAGAUGCAUGUUCAAAAUGGACUACAUAAGAAGGCGAAGUUAAUGGUUACUGAGCAUGAUCUAAGAUGCCGUAUGAACUCAAGUACAGAAGGAGAUUUAUUUGAUAAAGCAAAUUCCAGAAGAUUUCCCAGAAGCUAUCCAGACGUUGAUACUGUACAAGCACAUGAGCAUGCAGAGAAGUCUAAUAGAAGCAGGUUUAUUGGUCGGAUAAAUUUUGGUGAUAUAGAGCGUAAUCAGCUUCAAGUUAGAGAUGUUAUCCGCCAAAAGUCCAGUUCAACUUUGCCAGUAAGAAGUGUUCCAUUACAAGGUCGGAACGGAUUCACCUCUGAAGUGAAUAGCUCACUAACAACAGUCUCUGAGCCAGUAUGCCAUGUGAGUAAAUCAACAAAAGGACACGUAUCAGGUUCUAGCAAAUUGGCUCAACAAGCUACACAGAGGAAUUUAGAGACUGAAGUUUUGCCAAGUCAGAAAGUUAGCAGCCCGGCACAAUCUAAGACAGGAUCUUCUGUACAUGAAGAUGGUGGAAAUUGCUGCAACAAGCCUAUAAAAGAUGAAAUGUUGGAUAUGAAACUAAAGCUCAAAAAAAUGGAACUGGAUGUGCUCAAGCUUCGUUCUAAGCAAGUGCAGAUGAACAAUGUGAAGCAAGGUGUUCUAUCGUCAGGUCCCCAUGCUAAUCUAGAGGAGGAUACUGAUUCCAGAACUGUUCUCGUGACAAAUGUGCAUUUUGCAGCAACAAAGGAAGCAUUGUCAGUGCAUUUUAUGAAGUGCGGUGUUGUGACUAAGAUAAAUAUAUUGACAGAUGCAAUUACUGGGCACCCUAAAGGGGCUGCAUUUGUUACUUUCUUUGACAAGGAAUCUGUUGAGAAGGCUGUAUCAUUGAGUGGGUCAUCAUUUUUUUCAAGAGUUCUCACAGUAAUGCGCAAAGCUGAAGCACCUCAGGGUUUUCUGGCAUCUGUUCAACCGAUUGGGAGGCCUCUACAGUCUUGGAACUCGCCACCCAUUCAGAAAGGGGUGAGUCCAAGGCACACCCCUAGUUAUCACCUGCAGUGGAAACGUGAGCAAUCUGCGAUGGAGAAAUCCCCUGCCAGUUGCCCUACUAGCUGAAAAAAUCUACAACAAUGAUCUAGAAGAAAAUAUGCCUACUCUACAUUGACCUGGCAGUUGAUUGUACAUGCAAAUGUUCAUAGUUUUGCUGGAGAAGAAUGACCAUGUUUGUCAUCUGUUAUGCCCACAAAUACAAAGAUAUUGAGGGCUUCAAUUGCUUCUAGAUACAUGUCAUGGAGAGAUUGCUGGCAACGCCGAAUGAAUCUAUAGAGCAAAUUUUGAUUGGACAAGUUGUAGAGUAUGCCUGAAAAACUAUUUUUUUGAAAUUCAUUGAGCCUACAUGCCCUACCGUAGCUCUUUUCGAAUGUAAGCAGGUAUUCUGGUGACAACAUGAAAUGAAAUCACAGUUAUGAAACACAAACAUUUUUGAAUGCGGUAUAUCUAUAGGUAGUUCGGAGUAAUCUCUGCUACUUAAAAGUA